AUGCCUCGCGCCGGAUUUCUUCUCAUCCUCACCGGGACGCUUACCGUGCUCUCAACAUCCGUUACAAUUUGCCUCGAAAUUAUUUCCUGUGUGCAAGCACCAGACAGUUCCAACCUGCUCAUAGCGAGCAGCAUAGCUGCCGCCUUUGAGGCCGCUGUCCUCCUUAUACUUGGUGCACUCGGGCUCGCACAAGUUGUGCCACGGAAAGUGGCCUUGGUGUGGAUGUGCUCUGUACCAGCAUUUGUAAUUCAACUCUUUGCUUGGCUGGCCGCCCUGGUAGCUUCCACAGCCGCUUUGGUUUACCUGCAGCAGUCGUGGACACUGCCCGAAAUUGACGACGUGGCCGCUGGCCGACGUUGGGAAGUCUUUGUCGGAUUAGCAAUAGUUGUGGCCUUUGCUACGGCUCUGCAACUUGGCUUCAUCGUGUUGCAUUUUGUGACAAGCCGAGACGUUACCGCUGGGGCAACUUCAUCCUUUCAUACAAAUGAAGAAGGCCGUAAAGCCAAGGUCAAAUCCAUUCGAUAUAGUCGGACACUGGUUAAGGGCGCCGCCAAGGAAAAGGCAUCUGUCAGAGGCGACGAGUAUUUGCCGUCCGCGCCCGCAAAUUCAACCAUGGGGCCAUUUGACUACUUGAAGGCAUCCAUGUCUCAAGCCAUUCGACCUACAACAUCCCGAACCAUAUCCUCAAAGGAUGGGCGCUGGAGAAGGACCUCGCUGGACUCGGAAUGCACUCGCAAGAGUACAGAUACGUCUUUUGAUUCUUGGGACACGUCAUCUGUGGACGCGCAUAAUCGUCAAGUCGUCAUAGAAAUGUCCUCUCCGAUAACUCUCAAGAGAAGUUUAGAGACGAUUCCUGCUAGUCCGUCCGGGAGCCGCCCUCCCACCCGGCCCGGCACUCCUCUCGAUAUGGAGCUGGAGCCUCCUCCCCGCAUGUUAUACAGAAAAGAGAGCUAUAGCUCGAGCCUACUAUCACAACAAGAUGCCCGCAGGCAUACCUCGGAUAGCUCCGUCAAUGAGCUGCAUAUUCACCCACUCUUUCGAUCUGAUUCCCCCACGCCACCUCCCGCUGCCAGCCCUGGCACAAGUGUGUUGGCUGCACCGAACGCCGGACAAGUAAUCUCGUGCAAGAGUAGCAUGCAAUCCCUGAAACGUCUUCGAAGCGGAAGCUUGCCCGCGACUCGUAGCCCGCUCGUCCAUCAUACCAGCCUCGACAGCUUGAGGCAGUCCAAGAUGAGAGACGAUGGCGACGUCGGACGACAGAGCUCUGACGGAAAAGGCGAGCGCAAAAUGACACCGCCUGUGCCUGAGUGGCUGCUGAGCCCGUCUAUGAAGGCUAGCCUGGAGUCAUUCAGGGAGCAGAGGGGAGGCCAUGAUGAGGAGGCAUGA